GAAACCACGUGAUAUCAAUUGUCUACGAUCCAAAAAUGAAUUCAAACUCAUAAAGUCGAAUUCGGAAGUUUAAGCCCAAGCUGGAAUUCAUUUUUCGAACAGGGUUAUCACGGAUUUGUUAUACUUAUUUUAAAAUGAAAGUAUUAUAAAAAACGUUCGGCAACCCCUGAAACAAAACCCAGCAGAUUAGUGUCAUAGGGCUUCGCUCUGCAACGUGGUGGUCGUCUACUUAGUAGCCCACGCACCAGUGACCGUCAAGGUGCCUCCAGUGACAGUAACGAAGACAAUAUCAGUUCGCCAAGUGGUUUCUAAUUCAAUUAAACCUUACACUCAAGCAGUGCAGACCCAACAAUUGAAGUUUGGAACGAAACUGAACUAUCACCAUGGCGGAAGAACCGGAAUGUCAGCUACGCCGCAGACGUUCGUCUGGCAACCCGAAUCUACCUCUAAAUCUAGAAGUGGGGUACCAAGUCAACGAGGGGGGGCCCAGCCAAGGAACGCCCUCGCCAGGCUGCUUCAGACGGGCGUCCAACUCAACAGACUCCCCCGCAACCUCAACCCUGCUUGAGUUCAGGAAGAAACAACAGAGCUUUGAUAUACAAGUUGUCCAGAUAGAAGAAUGUGAAGAAGAGGAGAUAAUGGUGGAUAGUGACGACGAGGGGGGCGAGGAAAACGGAGCGGCGGGAGCAGACCGUCCCAUCACGCCCACUCCCAUACAGGAUUUCGGAGCGAAUGUCGUUUACACUGAAGGACCACAGACCACGGAUUUCUUGAAAGUGAAGACUAUAGAGCACGACUGCGUCACAGACGUAUCCGACGCCGACAGCGAUGCAGAAGAUGAAUAAACAAGUGAAAGAAGAAACUAAACAUAUACUAUAUUACUGAACGAGUAUUCACUAUGUUACUGUUUGUCUAGUCAUAA